AUGAAUGAUUGUAUAUACAAACAUUCGACUUAUCCGAUUAAUUCAGAGUGGGAAAAUCAACAUUGUCAAACUUGUAAAUGUUUAAAUAAUGGUAUUAUUGCUUGUCAAAAUCGAACAUGUCGAUUACAAGAAUGUCAAAAGAGUGAACAACUAACAAUUGAUGGUCUUGAAUGUUGUCCAAAAUGUUUACCAUUGAAACAAACGUGUAUUUAUCAAGGCAUUUUAAUUCAUGAUUUGGAAUUUGUUCAAGGUGAAUGUUGUCCAAAUGAAUAUUUAGUUCAUCGAAAAAAUUCGUGUUGUUUGGAAUGUGUUCGUCAUACAUGUUCAUUUUACGGUGAAAUAUAUUUUGAUAAUGAUAUUUGGCAUACAUCAGCUUGUCAAUAUUGUUCAUGCAGGAUGGGAAAUAUUCAAUGUAAAAGUGUACAAUGUCAAUACCAGUUUUGUUUAGAGAAUGAAAUAGAAGAACGUCGUCAUGAUAAUUGUUGUGUUAAUUGUCGUACACCAAAAAUAUGUUAUUAUCAAGAACAACUAGUCAAAGAAGGAAUGUAUAUACAAACUGAUAAUUGUACAUUAUGUACAUGUUCAUCUCAUAGUCAAAUUGAAUGUUAUGAAAAGUGUAAUAAUAAAACAGUGAUCACCAGACUUCUUGCUAAUCGAAACAGAAGGAUACAAAUUGAUCUAACCCUCUUUCACUUUCAAGACAAUAUUAUACAUCAUCCAAAAUUUGGUGUUCUAAAAAGUUCAUCAACAAAUUCAACACAAAUGAAUUUUGAAGAUUUUCAUGCGGGAUAUAUUCAAUAUCUGCCAACAGUUUCCGCGAACAAUACAGAUAUUGUAUUAUUGGCUAUUAUUGCCAAUAAACAUGUUUAUACAGCUCUCAUUCUCAUCAAUUUUCAUUCACAUUCUAUCCCCAGGAUAGUCAAAAUGAUUCUCAACAGUGCUAUUGGUUUUUCAGGUGCUUUGGCAAGUAAUGACAAAUCCAUGAAUAAUACUCAUCUCUCAAUUCGUCAGUUCACUAGUGAGCAAUUAAAUAGCGGCCUUGUAUGGUACACACCAAAUAAAAAUAUGUUAAAAUUUAAAUGCCCAUCUAAUGUUGCUGAAGAGGAAUGUUCCAAUUAUGAUAGAAUGACAUUUGAUCAUGGGGUAUUUAAGAUUAUCGCCGGACAAAUGGUUCUAUUGAACGCAAAUAAAUUGAAUUUGACAGAUGUUAAUACUUCAGAAUAUUUAGAUGUUAGACAUUCAAAAGGCAAUAAAGAUCGUACACGAGUUUACUUUGCACAUCGAGAUGAACCUGGAAUAAAAAUUCAUACGUUUACAAAAGGUGACCUUAUUAAAGGGAACAUUUUAGUAGGAACAAAUAUUGAUGACUUAGUCGAAAUUGAAUCACCAGCAGUAACAUAUAACUUCGAUCUAGUCGUUCGAAAUAAAACAAUUCCAUUUAAAGUUAAAAUCUUAACUGCUGAUUUACAACCUCCACAAUUUCGAGAGGACACAUCGACAAUUAAUGUUAUGCAAUUAGGAAUGACUCCUCUGUUACCAUCUCUAUUCGAUGUUAAUGAUCCUGAUACUUCAACAUUCGAACUCAGUUUCAUUCUUACUAAACAACCAUCAGCAGGCUAUAUGCAGAACUCUAUCGGAACAAUAUUUAAAACAAAUGAUCAUUUCCAAUAUUUUGAACUGAUAAAUUACACUUUAUACUAUUUUCAUACGAAUGUGAAUCAAACAAAUGAUACAAUAUCAUUCAAUGUCAGUGAUGGACUCUAUUCUGCUAUAAAAACCAUAAUCUUUAAUGUAAUACCAUUAACAUCAACAACUAUACUCACACGUUUAAAUGAAUCUUCGUUAGAAUUAUCGAUUAAUGAAGCUACACAAAGUGUUAUUCAACGUCAACAUAUUAGUUACUCUAGUCUUACGUUAGAUGAAAUCAAAUAUAACCUUGUACAAUUACCACGCUACGGUUAUUUCAUCAAAAAUAAUAAGCAAUUAUUAUUGUCUGAUACAUUCACUCAAACUGAUAUUGAUAUGUACAUAAUACGAUAUCAAGCACCAGCCGAAAUUGGUUUAUUUCCGAUUAGUGAGAGUAUCAUCUUCAAUGUUUCAGACAUACAAUGUUCCAUGAUGUUAAUACAAAUGCUUCUAAUAAACAUAAAACCAAUUGAUAAUCGAGCACCAAAACUUUCACUUAAUACAGACACAAUUGAGGUUAUUGAAGGUGAAUAUAUUUAUCUUGAUGAAAAUGUUAUAUCAUUAUUUGAUAUUGAUUCAUCACUUGAACAAAUUCAAGUUAUUGUUGAAACAUUCCCAAUAUUCGGCUACAUUGAGUUAACAAAUAAAAGACAAACUGUAAAAUCAUUUACUAUUGUCGAGAUGUUAAAUCGAUUCAUUCGUUAUGUGCAGAAUGAUCAUCAUAAUAAAGAGCCAAAACGUGACAAAUUCAAAAUUUAUGCUACAGAUGGUAGCAAUGAUUCACCAUUAUUAACCGUCAUCGUCAAUAUUAAAUCAAAAUUGAAUUUAGUAAAUAUUGAAGAUUCAAUUCUAAUGAGUGUAUUUGAUGGAAAUUUUACAUCUGAAACUAAAAAUUUGAGAAUAUUAAUUGAUAAUGGAAUAAGAUAUGUAUACUUAAAAAAUAAAGGUUUAUCAAUGGCAAAUGGGGAAAAAGUGACGAUCAACAAAUGGAUGUUAAAUCUCACCAAUGAUUUUAUACCAACAGAUUCAAUUAUAUAUCGUGUAACAAAAACAUCCAAUUUUGGACGAUUGAUAGUAAACACAAGUAUGACGGAUCAUUUUACACAGACAGAUCUUAAUCAAGAGCAAGUUAUAUUUGAACAUUUGUUCUAUGAAACAAUUGGUGUCACAUGGUUUAAGUUUGAUAUUUGGAUUAAAAAUCAAGUUCAACUUAAAAAUCAAAAAUUUAUCAUUUUUAUUCCCCCAACAAUGACUCAGAAUCAAAUAUUUUCAUUAGUUGCUAAUAAUCGACGUACUAUUGAAAAAUUCGAUUUGAAUAUAAACGAUGAUGAUACACCCAUUGAAAGUAUCGAAUUGUCUGUAUUAAUAUCUUCUGACUAUGGUAGAUUAGAAUUCAAAGAUGUUCCAGGUGUGUCUAUUAAUCAGUUUUUCUACGAAGAUAUUUUGACUGGUCAAAUUGUCUAUACCGCUGUUUCAAAUAAUCAUACAAUCCCAAAACAUGAACGUCUAUUACUUUGUAUUUAUGAUGGUAAAUAUAAGAUCUAUGAAACAUUCAAUAUAUUAAUAUAUCCAGAAAAUAGUAUUCUACUCAAUGUACGAGUAUCUUUACCAAUUUAUGUUAAACAUCAUAAACGUGUUAUUAUCAAUGAAAGUGUAUUACAAGUGAAUAACAAUGACACAAUUGCAUUUGAAAUUUAUAGAUUACCACACUACGGUCAACUAGAAAAGUUAAAUAAUAAUAAUAUCAGUUGGACUAAAAUUAUGACAAAAUUUUAUUCAAGAGAUAUUAAAGCCAAUCGAAUAUCGUAUCGACAUACCAAUGAUUCUUCUGCAAUUGAUAUGAUAAUGUUGAAAUUAACGAAUAAUAUUAAAAAACAAUAUUAUAUUAAUAGUUCUAAAUCUUCUACAAUAGUGGAAAUAAUCAUUAAUACUCAGAACGACAAAAUCUUACUAGAGUCUACAAAACGACUACCAAUUGGUAUUUAUUUUUUGUCACAAUUGUCUGCAAAUACCUAUGGUCGUUUAAUUUCAAAUGAAGAUCUUGGUAUUGCUGAUUUGAAUUUUGUUAAUAUAUUUAAAAUAAUCACAAAACCAAAAUGUGGUCGUUUAGUUGGAGAUGAACAUAACGAUAUUGAGUCAUUUACGAUAGACGAUAAAAUAUUUUAUAUAAUAAACAAUAAUCAUCAAAUCUGUUCUAAUAUGUUUGAUUUAUUUGAAUUUAUUAUGGAAAACAAAAUAGAGACAAAAACACGGGUUCUAAUCGAAUGGUCAAUGACAAUAUUUAACACAUCUCAUAUGAACAUCACUAUGAGUGACGACAACAAAAUUCAUAUUCCUGUCAUAAAAGUUGGAAGUUUAAAACAAUUCAGUGUAGUUACAUGUCGUAUACGUUCAGACAUGACUAAUUCGAAUUUAGAUAUACACAGUCAUUCUUAUAAUGAACGUCUUAUAUUUGAUGUUGGAGAAUCAAUGAAGAUAUGUACCAUUAUGUUAAACUCACGUCUAGAAAAUAAAAUGUCAACAUUUCGUGUCGAAUUAAUAAACGGGAAAUACACAAUGUCGAAUAAUAAACACAUAGAUAUCAAUCUUGUGCCACAAAAACAAGAUUUAAUUGUCGAAUUCUAUCAUGAUAUGAUGUAUAUUACAAAUGAAACAGAAUUACUCUCUGUACCAAUUAUUGUUCAUCAUCAAACUUCUUCUCGAAGGGAAGUAAUUGUCUAUUGUUACGUUGAACAGCAACAAUAUACUGACAAUUUUCAAUUAUUACCCGUUCGUUCACCAGCAAUAUUAAUUAGAAUUCCAUUAAAUUCAAUAGAAAAACAAAAUUUUGGAUUUUGUAACAUUGAUUUAUAUAAAAAUAAAUUAUAUUCUAAAACAAUAUCAUCAUUUCUUGUACGUUUAUCACAGUAUUCAAAUAAUAUUACAAUUGGUCAAAAACGAUCGGUAUUUAUUACCUACAAUGUUCCAAAGAAAUCCAUAAUUGAAUUUGAAAAAGGAAAGCCAAUUGUUACAAAAGAAAAUCGUUCCACGAUAUUUGUGUCAAUUCAACGUAAAGGUGAUGUUUCUGUACAAUCAUCAGUCAUUUGUUUCACAAAAUCAGCAACAGCAAUACAAAAUCAAGAUUACAUUGGACGACCGCUAAACAAUUUAUCUAGAAUUCAAUUUCAAAUCGGAGAAAAGAUAAAAUUAUGUCGUAUUGAACUGGUGAAUGAUCACAUUGUGGAAUCCAUGGAAUAUUUUUAUGUACUACUUGCUGAUGCAAACUCUGCCAUACUUGGUCAGCAUAAAAAGAUAACGAUUGAAAUUGAGAGCAAUGAUGAUGCAGAUGACAUAAAAAUAUUAAAAUUAAUUAAUAGACAAAAUAAUUCUUGCAUUCAAGCACCAUUGAUAAUCGAUACAGUCAAUACAGCAACUAUAAAAAUUGAACGAAAUGGUAAUUUGAAACAAACGAUUGAUGUAUUUGUACAAACAAAAGAUGGAACAGCCUUAGCUGGUCUCGAUUAUAUACCUCUAAAUAGAAUAUUGCUUUUUGAAUCAAAUAUUAAGUCGAUCGAUAUUAAUAUUGAUAUUAUUUAUAAUUUGAAUAAGAGAAAAGAAAAACAAAGAUUUUAUUUUAUUAUGCAAAAUCAAUCAAUUGAGAUAUGUAUCGAUAAUACGUAUAAUGAAGAUCGAAUUAAAAAAUCUAAUUAUGCUACUGAUGCAUAUCGACUUCUAUCAAAUAAAACUAGUUUAUACCAUGAACAAUUUCAAGCAUUGCCCAUUAUUAUGUUAUUAGACAACAAAACUGAUUUACAUAAACAAAAACUAUCAAAUGGUCAGCCACUCAUCUGUGUCGCAGCGUGUAAUCCACGACAUCCCAAUUACAAAUUUAUACAUUUUCUUUGUACAAAUUCUAAUUCUCAAAUAAUUUCUUACGAAUGGGAAUUAUCUAUUCCUAAUGAUAACUAUGGUACAUACUCAUCAUUUCGUCAAUUAUCCAAACAUCCGAUAUUUUCUGCAAAUACGUCGAUAUUGAAUACAUUUUACUUUGGUCCAAAAUAUCGAAUACGUUGUCUAACAUAUAUUGAUAAAUAUUCAAUUCCAUUAAGAAGUCCUGUUAUUGAAAUUGAUGAUACGUCAGUUAAAUGUCCUUCAUCGUCCAUUUAUGCUUCACUUUCUAUUGUCAAAUUAUACGGGAUAAAUCAGACAGGUGUUCAAUUAUUUGUUGAAAUUCCUCACAUGUCAGGAACAUAUCCAGUUGUAUCAUUAAUACCAACAAUUAAUUUCAACAAUACGACGAAUUUAAACACAAUUCAAUCUUGUAAAAACUUAUUAAUACCUUCUUCAACAACGAAUAUCAUUUGUCAAUGGUAUUUUCAAGCAAUAUUUACACUUGAUGAUCUUUUAACAAACUGUGACACUCGAAUAAUAUUUUCUAAUGAUAAAUCAAAUUUGAUUGAACUUCCGUUUUAUUAUCAAUAUCUUGGAUUAAAUUCAAGUACUGUUCUACAACGAAACACUAUUCAAAUUCCAUUUCAAUACAAAACAUUUUUAACAUUAAAAAAUUUACCUGAACAAGUUCAAAUACUAAAUGUUGAUUCAAAUGGUCUCUUGCAUUUAUUUAUUACUAUCAAAACAAUUGAACAACAUCAUUCAUUAAAAAAUAAACUACAAGCCAAAUUUUUAUCUACAAGUCGUACAUUAUCCUUUAUUAUUCAACUGUUACCUAAUACAACAACAUGGCAUAUUCGAUCAAGUGAAUUAACAGUUGAUUACUCCGGUUUCUACCUUUUUGAAUUAUGUUUUUCUGAUAAAUGUACACAAUAUCCAAUGCAAAUUCAACCGGAAACAAUUUUUCCACUUUUUGAUUCGGUGUCAUCACUCGGCACAUCCUUUAUUCUAACAUCACCAUUUUUUAUUACAAUGUCAACUUCGUUUAAUACUCCAGAUCUUCAAACUAAUGAAUAUUUUUCACAAGACGAUAUUAUCGGCAUUCUAUUAUGGAAUAAUUUAUCAUCAAAUAAAACACAAAUGAAAUUAAACAUAUACUCAAUUAUUUUUUGUCGAAUAUUAAAAGAAUCAGAAUGUCACGAUCACGAUCGAUUAAUAAUAAAUCAAUUUUAUGAAUAUCCAUUAACAAUAAAAACAGAUUUAAUCUAUAAUACAUUUACAUUAAAUACUCGAUUACUUAAAAAUAACUAUGGUCGAUGGUAUAUUCAAGUAUUAUUUACAUUAAUUUAUCCAAAAACAGCAACAUCAAUAAAUGGAAAAAAUAUUCAAUCAUUUUAUUUAAAAAAUGCAACAAUUCAAAUUCCAUCACCUACAAUUUCUUCUAUUAAUGAUGAUAGUGAUAGAAAAGUAAUAUUAAAACACACUCAUUAUCGUUUAAUUAAGCUAUUAUUGAUAAUAUUAUUAAUUUUAAUUUUCAUUCUUUGUAUUCUGAUAUCGAUUAUUAUUUAUCAUAGAGAAAAACAAAAGAUAAACAGUAAAACACAGACAAAAUAUUGUAUAACUAAGCAACACUAUGAUUUUCCAUCAUUGGAACAAGAUAAUAAUGAUGAUCAAAAUAUAAAUGAUGUGAUGAUUGAAAAAUUUCAAACGGGUGAUUUAACAACUAAAGUUAUUCUAUUAAAUCAUCGAGCAAAAACAUCGUUAAUGGAAAUCGGAACCGAUGUUUAA